UUUCUUGAUCGUCAAACCGGACUCACUAUGCAAUCAACCCUGGAUUCCAACACGAAAAUGGCGUACCCAAUCAAUGGCAGGUUCGAUACCAUUCUAGAGGAAUCCGAAGCCACACCAACACUUAGCAUCAAGAACAAAAGCCGUGUUAAUCGACCGCUAGCCACCCAGGAAAACAUCGGAGGAACCUCGUUCAGCGCAGUAUUGAACAGAGUCCAGUAUGGAACCUACAAGUCAAAGCCUGCUUGCCUUGUUGCGAUUGACUUCUCCUUCUCCUUUCAGUCGAAGAGAGCCUGCCGAUACAACUACGCAAGAAUAGAAGUCGAGCUUACCAGGGCCGUUGAUGCCAACGAUCACCGAGUUAUUUCAGGAGACCCCAAUCAAGACCCCAAGGUGGUGAAUAUAGCACCGAAGUCAGUAUAUGGAAUAGUAAAGGUUGUGGAUGAGACCAAAUAUCUUGACAUUUCGAUUCCGCUAUUGUUCCAAAGUCCCAUCGGACUCUCAGCUGGGGUCACUGGAACGGGAGGCAUAGAGCGGGCAGAACACCACGAAAAUCGGAUGGAGGUGCACGGCAAUCUCGACUGGGAUGAUGACCACGAUGAGGCUCCAAAUGCAGUGUCCUGGGAGUUGACGGAAAAUGCAGCCCAGAAGGAUGGUAUCUUUCGUCAAUUUCGAGCUGCUACUGUGUUCCUGAACGAGCCAGGCCAACCAGUGUGGAUGAAGGUGGUUGUGAAGCCGACGGUGAAAUUUUCUGUGGACCUUCGUCGCCUCGUACCAAAGAACGAUCAUCCAGUCCUUCUGGAUGGAAAAACACCAUUGCUCCCCAUGGAUCUCACUUGCGACGAUUUUAGUGCAGAUAAUUUCCCGUGGGGGAAAGUACUGCAACUUCCGCUUGAGUACACGAACCAAUUGACGCUUCAAGGUGACCCCGAAAUUGCCUCAUCACAAACAGUUCUCAAUAUCGGUACGCAGCCGGCAGUGAUGGAGGAGACUGCUGCCCCGGAGCCUAGGCUUGGUGGGCAUGGCCAAUGAUUUUGGAGGCGGUAAUAUAUAUGAUUCGCAUCGAUUCCACGAGGUGCGAAUGUAACGAGUUGGUCCAUUCAGUGUUCAGGGAGCAAAGCCUAGUAUUAGAACGAUUAGUCGAGUAAAUUCAACGGUGGAGGGAAUGUAAAGUAAUUAGCUGCUGCAUUUUGCAACGAAGGCAGAAUGUUUGGUUCUACACCGUAGCUUCAUAUCAUAGUCCGAACAAGUAGUUGCCGUUCUCUCUGGCGAAAAUUAAGUGAG